UCUAAGAAAAUACGAAAUACCCAUGAAAUAAUGUUGGUUAUAUCUGCUGGCCUAUUUCCUCGGUCUCCAUCGGCGGCGCAAAUUGGGCGCCGCCGCCUCCUUUCUGAAUUCUCCUUCUCCACUCCGUCGUGGUAUAAUAACAAAAGUGGAUUGACAUUGAAGCCAAUGGCCUCAAUUUCGACAGAGGUAGAAAAACCGCGGAAACCCUGGCUUUUCGUCGGCCUCGGAAACCCCGGGAAGCGCUACAGCGACACUCGCCACAAUGUCGGAUUUGAGUUGAUUGACUAUAUAGCUGAAGCCGAGGGGAUUUCAACCAGCUCCAUCUCCUUCAAAUCUGCUUUUGGGAAAGGUUUUAUUGGUGAUGUUCCAGUUAUGCUUGCUAAACCACAGACUUUCAUGAAUGCUAGUGGUGAGUCUGUUGGUGCUCUCGUUUCGUAUCAUAAGAUCCCGUUGGAUCAAGUCCUCGUGAUGUUCGAUGACAUGGAUCUGCCUUUUGCGAAGUUGAGACUACUACCUAAAGGCGGACAUGGAGGACAUAAUGGGAUGAGAAGUAUUAUAACUCACCUCAAAGGUAGUCAGGAUUUUCCUCGCUUACGGAUAGGCAUCGGAAGGCCUCCGGGGAAGAUGGACGCUGCAAACUUUGUUCUCCGCCCUUUUAAUAGACAAGAACGCGAAGAGGUAUGCAGCUUUGCUUGUUUAUGUUGUGAGAAGUACUUACUAUCAGUUAGUUUAUUAAAACAGAGAGUAGAUGCAUACAAUAUUCUUUCCUCGUAUUCCCAGCUGGAUUUCACAUUCCAAAAUGGCUUGGAAGCCGUUCGAAUACUUGUGCAACAAGAUUUCAACAGAAGCGCAACCUUUGUAAACAGCGCCAAAUCACUGACUAACACAUCGUAGUGAGUUGAUUCUUUUCUGAUUGAAGAACUUAUUUUGAGAUGGGAACUUGCAUGGAGAGAGCAGAUUCGAGUAUCUUACAAACAAGAUGAUUACUCAUUACUCAUUACCAUUCUUUGGUCAUUUUUGUCGGAAUAUUGAACAGAUUUACUAUUAUUUUGGAUCGUUUCUCAUGUAUUGACCUUAUUUUUCAUUUAUGAUUUUUAACUGCUAUGUUUUUCGAUU